AGAAAAAUUGUGACAGCAAUAAGGGGUCGGUGUUUUCGUACACGUGAAUUGCAUCAGUUUUUUCAGUAUUCACUAUACUUAAAUAAGGUUACAAAAUGCCACUAUCGUGUCGGUUUUACAAGGAGAAGUAUCCAGAAGUCGAGGAUGUUGUUAUGGUCAAUGUGCGUUCCAUCGCUGAGAUGGGCGCUUACGUUCAUCUGCUUGAAUACAAUGAUAUUGAGGGCAUGAUCUUGCUCUCUGAGUUGUCCAGGAGACGUAUUCGCUCCAUCAACAAGCUCAUCAGAGUUGGUAAAACAGAACCGGUUGUAGUGAUCAGGGUGGACAAGGAGAAGGGUUACAUUGACUUGUCAAAACGUCGUGUGAGUGCUGAGGAUGUGGAGAAGUGUACAGAGAGAUUUGCAAAGGCAAAAGCUGUGAACUCAAUUUUGAGACAUGUUGCUGAAUUACUGAAGUAUGAGUCGAAUGAACAGCUUGAAGAGCUGUACCAGAAGACUGCAUGGCAUUUUGAAGAGAAAUACAAGAAGAACAAAGCCAGUGCUUAUGAUUACUUUAAGCAAGCUGUAAUUGAUCCAAGCAUUCUUGCUGAAUGCGGUUUGGACGAGAAUACCAAGGAGGUGCUUCUGAGUCAGGUGAAGAGGAAAUUGACGUCGCAAGCGGUGAAAAUCCGUGCCGACAUCGAGUGCGCGUGCUACGGCUAUGAAGGAAUUGAUGCAGUUAAGACUGCACUUAAAUCUGGUUUGGAAUUGUCCACGGAAGAAUUACCCAUCAAAAUCAAUCUCAUCGCGCCUCCACUGUACGUAAUGACUACGUCGACACCGGAAAAAGCCGAUGGUCUGAAAAUCCUGCAAGAUGCCAUCGAGAAAAUCGAGACCACAAUUAACGAAUUAGGUGGUGUAUUUAAAGUCCAAAUGGCUCCUAAAGUUGUCACUGCUACUGAUGAAGCAGAGUUGAUGAAACAAAUGGAACGCGCUGAAAUGGAGAACGCUGAAGUUGCUGGUGACGAUGACGGCGAAGAAGAUGAAGAAGGACAAGUGUUCAGCGAGGGCGAAGACGGUAACGAGAACGAAUCUGGCGAGGAAGAGGAAAAAAAACCUUAAACAAAAUCUUACAUCAUACGCAAAAUAAACUCAAACCAAGGGCGAAACAAACAGCUAACUAUAAUACCCGGAGGAAUACAAAUAAAACGUCGAU